AUGUAUGCAAACUCAUAUGGGACUGAAAUCCGAUUCCCUUUUCGAGAAGUCGACAAUCAGCACAAGUCUUGCGGCUACCCUGGAUUUGAUGUGCGCUGUAAUAAUGGAGGAAAACCAACACUCGAGCUUCUUAACUCGAUCACAUUUGAAAUCGAUAGUAUUAAUUACGACGAUCAAUACGUUGAUCUCAGCGAUCCUGAUGGUUGCUUGCCUUUAAAACUUAUCUCUCUUAAUUUAUCCACCUCUCAAUUCUAUGCCCUUUAUUUCAAAGAAUUCGCGGUCUUUAAUUGCUCGGGCCAAUUUGAUGACUGGGAAUACAACAACACUUCAAACUACGACUUGAACAAAGUUAAUUGUCUAAGUGGUAUGAGUUAUACAGUAUAUGCUGUAGAAUCUUUAGGGGUAGUUUCUCUUUUGUCAUCGACUUGUCAAUGGGUUGCAAACGUUAGUGUUCCCGAUUAUUAUGGUAUUAGUUUUUCUGCAAUCUACGAAGAUGAAUUAAUGAAUCCAAAGAUAACUCUUCGCUGGGAUGAGCCAAGUUGUAGACAGUGUGAGACAUUAAACCGGCGUUGCCGCGUUAAGAAAGAUUCUACUGAUGAAAUCGAAUGUACAUCCAUGUUUUAUUCAACUUCUAGUGGUGUUUUAGACUCGGAGUUGCAUAGCAAGGCUUUUAUACUUUCCUUGGGGAUUGGUUUGCCGGUGUGUCUGGUGGCUGCAUUUAGUUUAUUACGGUGGUUUCAACAACGAAAUAACGAAUCACCAACGGACACUACAAUGAGGGCUCGCAGUCAUACAACCAUAGGAAUCAGCCAAUCCGUAUUAGAUUCCUAUCCAACGGUUGUUAUUAGUGAGGGCUGCCAAUUGAUCACUCCUGAAAAUAAUACUUGUUCAAUAUGCUUGUCGGAAUAUAAGAUCAACGAAGUCUUGAAAAUUUCACCUCAUUGUCUACAUCGCUUCCAUGUUGAUUGUGUCGAUCAAUGGCUUGUCCUAGAUGGUACAUGUCCAAUUUGUCGAGUUGUUCCAAGCCAAUCAUUGUCAUAG